AUGACUGAUGUUGGUCACGCAGAGCACACGCAAGAUAUCAUGGGAUUGCUCUUUAAAUAUAUUGACAUCUUGCACCAGUCUGGCGUUUGCGAGUGGAUUUAUGACGAGCUGGAAGUCAGUGGCUAUUAUCACAAGUUGCGGGUAUUAUUGGAUACCAUCCUGAAAGCAAUGGCAGAUUUUGCAGUGAAGCCAGAAAGAUUUUCUGUGAUCAAGGUCACAGCAUUAAGGAAGCUGGCAAAACAAGAAUUGAUAGCUUUCUUCAACAAGCACAUACGAAUUGGAGCGCCCAAGAGGAAGGUGCUUAGUGUACGAGUUUAUGGGAGCAAGCAUUCAUCAAAUUUUGAAGUGGAUAACAAUAAAGCAGUUGGACCAAACACAGUACGAAUAGAUGACAUUUUUAGCUUCAGGGCAUCGCAACCUCUUUACGGUUCACAUUGAAGAGGGUAUGAACAUAUGGAAGUUCACAGCAAAUUCUAAAUAAGCUACAGUUGAGGAUCUUGGAUAAUGUACUCCUGAAACAUUUCUCCAAAAUCUAUACUACCACGCCACACUUGCCCUGUGGCAUUUGUACCUUAUAGCGUUUUAGUGUUUGGUGUGUGUAAAUGACUAAAGGUAUUACUUGGGAUUUUACUA